UUAGGGAACCUAUGGGAUUCACACGAUGGUUUGAACACUUGAUCAGGGUCACUGGAUUUUCUCAUAUCAACCUGGAGAGGAAAAGAAGAUCCGAAGUCCAUUAUAAACGACUAGAAACGAGCAGAACAAGCAAUCAGGAUCAUUAUCAUAGACAUGUAACACUAAGGAAUAAAAACUAAAUAAACUGUACCUGGGUUAAAAGUCUCGGCUUUCGUUUGUCAUCUAGUUCUAAAUAAUAAAAUUAGAGGUUAAAGGUAACGCGAAACGGUGAAAAAAAUAUUCUGUUCAGAGUUGGAGCAGGCAAACCAGGUGUAGGUGCCAUGCGUGGCUGUGUGUGGAGCUUUCGAGCUCUGUCUCCAGCCCUGCUCCCCUCCCACUCUCGGUGCUGUAGAACCCGAGCUAUCUGCCAUGGCAUGCGGAGCUCAGUUCAGUUUUUCAGCACGGCUCCGGAAGCCCAGGUCGCACCUCUGCCCAGCCAGGCCCGAGUCGUGAUCUGUGGUGGGGGAAUCGUAGGAACAUCCGUCGCCUAUCAUCUGGCGAAGUUAGGCUGGAUGGAGAUCGUGCUUCUGGAGCAGGGGAGACUCGGAGCUGGCACGACUCGGCUGUGUGCGGGAAUAGUAAGUGUUGCCAAGCCCAUUUUUAUUGAGAGCCAGAUGGCAGACUACUCGAAUGCCCUGUAUGAGCGUCUGGAGCAGGAGACCGGAGUCAAGACGGCUUUCGCCAGGACUGGAUCUCUGUGUUUGGCUCAGAAUCAGGACCGUUUCCUCUCACUGAAGCGUCUGGCAUCCAGACUUAAUGUUUUGGGAAUAGACUGUAAUAUCAUCAAACCCAAAGAUGUUUCAAAGCUUCACCCCUUGGUGAACAUUCACGACUUGGUUGGCGCUCUUCACCUGCCGGGAGACGCCGUGGUGUCGCCUCCAGACGUCAAUCACGCCCUGGCAGUGGCAGCAGCAAGGCACGGAGUCCAGAUCCAUGAACGAACGAGCGUAAACCAGGUUCUUGUGGAAAAGGGUCACGUCAAAGCGGUGGAGACCGACCGAGGCUCUAUAGAGUGCGAGUACUUUGUCAACUGUGCUGGACAGUGGGCGUAUGAACUCGGCCAGAGCAGUGAAGUGAAGGUGUCUGUACCUCUGCAUGGCUGUGAACACUUUUACCUCCUCACCAAACCGCUCCAGGAACCUCUGCAACCCUCAACACCGGUGGUGAUGGAUAUGGAUGGGAGGAUCUAUGUACGUACCUGGCAGGGCGGAGUUCUCUCGGGAGGCUUCGAGAAGAACCCCAAACCUAUCUUCACUGAGGGUCGCAAUCAGCUGGAGAUCCAGAACAUGCAGGAGGACUGGGACCAUUUCGAGCCCAUGCUGAACGCCCUGCUGAGAAGAAUGCCGAGCCUGGACUCAUGUGAGAUCCAUCAGCUGGUGAACUGUCCCGAGUCCUUCACCCCAGACAUGCGCUGCCUCAUGGGCGAGACUCCAGGAGUGCACGGCUACUUCGUCCUGGCAGGCAUGAACUCUUCGGGUCUGUCUUUUGCAGGAGGGGCUGGCAAAUAUCUGGCUGAAUGGAUGACUUACGGCUACCCGAGUGCCAACGUCUGGCCUCUGGACAUCAAGCGCUUCGGGAAUCUGCAGAGCAGCCGCACUUUUCUGCGCCAUCGCGUGAUGGAGGUCAUGCCCCUGCUGUAUGAGCUGAAAGUACCGAGAUGGGACUUCCAGACGGGCAGACAGCUGCGCACCAGCCCCCUUUAUGAUCGUCUGGACACGCAAGGGGCUCGCUGGAUGGAGAAGCAUGGCUUUGAGCGGGCCAAAUACUUUGUUCCUCCAGGAAAGGAUUUGCUGGCCCUGGACCAGAGUAAAACCUUCUAUAAGCCUGACUGGUUUGACAUUGUUGGUGCUGAGGUGAAGUGCUGUAAGGAGGCGGUGUGCGUCAUCGACAUGUCCUCCUUUACCAAGUUUGAGCUCACUUCAUCCGGAGGCCAGGCUUUGGAGCUGCUCCAGCGACUCUGCUCUAAUGACCUGGACGUUCCAGUAGGACACAUCGUCCACACAGGCAUGCUGAACGAGAGAGGAGGCUACGAGAACGACUGCAGCGUGGUGCGCCUGAGCAAGAACAGUUUCUUCAUCAUCUCACCUACAGAUCAGCAAGUACAUUGUUGGUCUUGGAUUAAGAGACACAUGCCCAAUGACCCACAGCUCCACCUAGAGGACGUCUCCUGGAAAUACACUGCUCUUAAUCUGAUUGGUCCACGGGCGAUGGACGUGUUGUCCGAGCUCUCGUAUGUCUCCAUGACUCCGGAACAUUUUCCCUCUCUGUUUUGUAAGGAAAUGAGCGUGGGCUAUGCUAACGGAAUCCGAGUCAUGAGUAUGACCCACACGGGAGAGCCAGGCUUCAUGCUGUACAUCCCGAUAGAGUAUGCACUGCACGUGUAUAACGAGGUCAUAUCGGUGGGGCAGAAGUACGGCAUCCGUAACGCAGGAUACUACGCCCUGCGCAGCCUGCGCAUCGAGAAGUUCUUCGCUUUCUGGGGACAGGAUCUGGACUCGUUCACGACGCCCCUCGAGUGCGGUCGCGAGUUUCGAGUCAAAUUCGACAAGGACACUGAUUUCCUGGGCAGGGAGGCUCUGUUGCAGCAGCGUCAGGAAGGAGUGAUGCGGCGCUUCAUCAUGCUGGUCCUGGAGGAUCACGACGCCGAGCUGGACCUGUGGCCGUGGUGGGGCGAAGCCAUUUACCGUAACAGAGAGUUGGUGGGUGUGACCACCAGCAGUGCCUACAGCUACACCCUGGAGCGUCACGUGUGUCUGGGUUUCAUCCACUCUCCCGGCGCACACGGCAGCGCCAACGUCAUCACGCCCGACUUCAUCAACCGCGGCGACUACGAGGUGGACAUUGCCGGACACAGGUACCCAGCCAAGGCCAAGCUUUACCCGUUCAGCUCGCUGUUCGCUCAGCAGAGACGCCGCAAAGAGGACGUAGAGCUGAGCAACUUUCAGGGCAAGUAAAUAGAGUACGGCUGCAACUACGGAAUAAAUACACCUCAGCUUUGUGUUUUGGUUUAUUAUUUUUCUUCUUCCUACUUUGCUUCCUAAGUGCAAUACACAUCAUCAUAUGUGCUGUAGCAUUAAUGUUUUUCACUCCGGUCCUCAAUGCCGGCUUUCUCUCCCUGCGAAGCGCAUCGGUCUGCAUUGCACAAGCUGCUCAGGUGUGUUUGGAGGUGAACUAGCUGAGGACUGGAGUGACAAUCCUCUCUAAGCUGUGUAUAAACCUCUGUUUCUGUGUUUGUGCACUGUGUUGUCUAUAUUUUUGCUUCUAAAGGAAUACAGAAACACUAGAAAGGAAAGUUUUCUGUAGUUUUCGCUGGGAGCUACAGAGGGCGGAGAUUAGAAGGAAAAAUAUCUGAUUAAUCCUUUAAAUAAUCCGUCCUGCAGGCUCUUUCUGCUCUUAUUGAACAAAUGCUCUUCUGUUAUAACCUGAAGUCGUAUAUAUUUUUCUUUCCUACCCUCUCCGACAAUCCAGUCCAGAUCGUCACGAAGACUCGCGUCGGUGUCUGAGGUUUUUUUGCACAUGACAGGGUGAGACAGGGUGCCAUUUUAUCAGACGUGCUUUCGCAAGCCAUUUUACAAAUAUAUGUUCGAAUAAAGAAAUUAUUUUUAUAUAUAAUAUAUAUAUAUAUAUAUAUAUAUAUAUAUAUAUAUAUAUAUAUAUAUAUAUAUAUAUAUAUAUAUAUAUAUAUAUAAAUACAUGAUGUACAAAAUACCCUUUUGGAAUGAAGAGUAGUGUAUAUAGCGUGUGUAGAAAUGGCCGUUCGUAUGUAAACACCUCCCCAUGCCUGUUUGAUGCACUUCACUGGAAUCGCUUCAGACUUCAGAAGUAUGAAGAGAUUUUAAUACUGAGGUGUAUUUACUGAUGUCGCACAACACAACGUGAGGCCGAUUCGGCGGAGGAAAGAAGUGAGGGACGUCUCAGUCGGCCGAAUCUCACGUACGGCUUUUAUUUUAAUUUUUUUCCCCCCUCUUUUUAUUUUCUUUAUUUCAUCCACCUUCAUAUAGAAGUGAUUCAUUAUCACAGUGGAGAGUCACUUAAUCAGUAUAACUCUGUUUUUCUCUGUGUGUGUGUGUGUGUGAUGUUUUGCAUAUGACUGAUGAUAAAACAUUAAAAUGCACUGUCUAGAAUUUAUAUCAUUUUUUUCCCCCAGCGUUUUUCCCUCCUAGGUUUGACUUUUUUAAAAGAAUUUAAAUGUAAUAAAAAUUCAGACUUUAAUUCUUUCACAACAUUUAACUCGACAAUUAAUUCCCGUGGGUAAUUGUUUCCCAGUUAAACGUAUCUGUAAUAAGCGAUAAAUGACUUUCGGUGACAAAGGUGCAAAAGUUUGUAUCCCCUUCAUAAAGAAUGUUUAUUUUUUUGGAUGUUAGGUUUCCUCCUUCGCUCAAUUUAAGACGAUCUCCCUAUUUAAAUAUAAAUAUAUACUUGAAGGCUCUGUUAAAACUUUAUACGCACCUUUUUUUCUUUGGUUAGAUCGUCGUCUUGAGUUUGGAAUAUCGCAGAUAAAUUGUACAAUCUGAGGUACGUUUUUGACAUUUUUGUUCCCAGACUCCAUUUUCUUUAUUUUGGAUGGAGGGGAGGGGUGUUAUAAACUUUUGCUCUGAGCUCUACAGCUCUACCCCCCCCCACCCCCUGGGGUUGUACAGAUUGUGUAGGAUGUGUGUUGUGUGAUUUAAGAAGGGAUUUGUGUGAAGGUUAAACCUGUUCAUCAUUCUACAUUUCCAAAUAUUUGGAAAACAGAGCUGUAAUGAAAUCAACUCGGUCAUCGUCGGCGCACAGAGAGCGCUGGACACGCUGUUUACGUCUGUACUCCUUUGUUUUUUUUUUCAGCUGCUGUAACGUACGUGUCGUAUGAAACUCCUGUUUGUCUCGUCUCUUGUAAACAGAAGAGGUUUGUUUAAGCUGUCCAUCGGAUUUCAUGUAUUUAUACUCUACUGUACAGGUGUCUUGUAUCUGUAUUGUAAAUAAAUAAAUAAACAAA